GUAGGUACACCGUAGACCUGAGCGUUCGAGCCAAUGGCAAAAGCUGGCGAGGGCCUGGGAAAGAAAGUUUCCUCAUUGGCUUUGCCAUUGGGUUACGCGCCAGUGCUCAGGAAAGAUUGCUGGUAAGUAGUACCCUUCAGACCUCAGCAGCAUCACAUCGGAGUUCUCGUUGGUUGCUCACUCACGUAGAUCCUGACGAUCCCAGGAAGGGUGAUGGGUUCGCGCCUCGUGCCACAACCCAAGUCCUCCGGGGAGGUGGCCGCAAGCUCGGAGAAUGCUGACGAGCCCCGGGAGGUCCCUGCAACAGGAGUGUGCAGUCGUACAGAGGAAGCGGGAGAGGCUGCAGUGUCUAGUGGGGAUGCAAAUGGCACAAGAUGCGCGGGGAGUCGACAUGGAGAGUCUGUUUCGCAUAGUUCAGAGUAUGAAGAUGCGGUGUCUGACAGUGGCACGGAGGACCAGCAUGCAGGGGACGCAACAGAGGGAGAACUAGAGGAGCUCGCGGCUAGCUCCGAGGGUGGCACUUCGGACACCGAGUACAACCCCGAGGACGACAUGGACGUCCAAGUGGCGGCAGACCUCAUUCUGGACCACCUGGUGGGCUAUGAGGAGGACGACGAUGAUGAUAGUUUUGAGCCGGACGACGAAGAGGGCGAGGAAAUUGAGGAGGGCGAAGAGGAGGACGAAGACGAGUAUGACGAUGACGAGGUGCUGGAGGAUGGCCGUAAUGACCACUUGGAAGAUCUGAGUCCUGAGACAGCGCCGCUGGACCAUGUCCUGGCGGACGAGACGCGCAUGAAGACGGCGCCCUCCCCCUUUGCUGCAUGGCUCUGGAACAUCGCAAGGGACCAGCAGGGGGGCACUAAAAAGCUCAACACUUGGCACAUGCUGACUGGCCGGCAGCAGAAUCUGACGGGGCGGGGGGCGUUCUCGGCAGCCGAGAGGUGCCAGGUGGCGCACCGCUAUUUGCCAAACGGUGGCCCCGACAAGGUCGACUUCAUGCGCAGCAGGGCCUACAUUGGGCAAUUCUCGCAGGACGGGUCAAUGUUUGUGGCAGGGUUCCAGGACCGGAGGAUACGCGUGUACCAGGUGGACCGGGGCUGGGCGCUGCGCAAGGACAUCAACUGCAAGGACCUGCGCUGGACUGUUACCGACACUGCCCUCUCACCCGACCAGAAGUUCCUGGUAUACUCGUCGAUCACGCCCACCGUGCACUUGGUGGGCAUUGGCCCUGGGGACAACGGGGUGGAGUCAAUUGCAAACGUGAAUGAGAUACAUGAGCCCCUCAACUUUGCUGGCACAGGGGCAAGCCGCGUAUUUGGGUUGUGGUCGCUCCAGUUCUCGACCGAUGGGCGAGAGAUCGUUGCGGGGAGCAGCGAUUCCUCCUUGUACCUCUAUGAUGUGGAGGCAAAUAGGCCGACCCUCAAGUGCAAGGCGCAUGAGGACGAUGUAAACGCUGUGGCGUUUGCGGACGAAACUUCGAACGUGAUCCUCUCCGGGAGUGACGACAAGCUCUGCAAGGUGUGGGACCGGCGGGUGCUGAAGCGCGACGGCAAGAAGGGCUCCCCGGUGGGCGUUCUAGUGGGCCACGUGGAGGGGCUGACGCACAUCGACAGCCGCGGCGACGGGCGGUACCUCAUCACCAACGCCAAGGACCAGUGCAUCAAGCUGUGGGACAUGCGCAAAAUGGUGGACGCCAAGACGCACGCCGACACCCCCCCGGCGCAGUACCGGCAGUUCCGGUGGGACUACCGGUGGAUGGACUACCCGGGGAGCGGCAAGAACAUCCGGCACCCCCACGACACGUCACUCAUGACUUACCGCGGCCACAAGGUGCUGCAGACGCUGAUCCGGGCCUACUUCUCGCCCGCGCACACGACGGGGCAGCGGUACAUCUACACGGGAUCUUACGAUGGCAGCAUCUUCAUCUAUGACGUCCUCACGGGGCAGGUGGUGUCGAAGAUGCAGUACCACGUGGCAGCCGUACGAGACUGCAGCUGGCACCCUACGCUGCCAAUGAUGACCAGUUCGAGCUGGGACGGGUACAUUGCGCGUUGGGAGCCCCAGACGGGGCCAGUCGGUCGGCGGGUGUCGAGUAUUCACGACCAUGGCUACGACAUCGACACGCUUAUCGAGGAAGGCGACGACUUCAACUAGUUGCACACUGCUGGGCCCAGGUAUGAGACGCUAUGCACACAUAUAGAAGGUACGUACGUCGCGAGGAUAAAGGCGCUUCCAAGUGCAGAGCUGUGGGGUGUCAAUGGAGUCCUGUACAUAUUUGAUCAAGAACGUACAGUCGCGUAUGCAUUGAGAUAGAAGCAUGUAACAUGAGCACCACUUCGAACAAGGCUCGUUAAUUUCGAUCGAAUGAGCGAACAAGGUGGUAAGGUCCGGUCACUCCAUAUUAUCCAACUAAGCAAGGUCAACGAUGGUUGUUGCUUGUCGUCAAGCAUCUCCUGUCGAGCGGCACAACUACACACAUUUCUGUAUGACCUGGCCAUCUCAACAAUCGUGAACACCGGAAAUCAUAGGGGACAACAUUUGGCUGCGGCUUCAGACGUGGCGGAUGCUUUUCCAGGUUGUCUCGUUGCGAGACUGUUCUAGCUGCCGCCCCAUCGGCACUCUGUAAGUGACGGUUGCUUCAACACGUAG